UUUUUGGCGAACCAGGUUUGAGAAAAAAACAAAAUACUACUCCUAGUGUCCUACUUCAGUUGUAACUUUUAAAACAUUUGAUUUUAUUGUUAAAAAAAUGAUUUUGGUUUAGUUCAGUUUUACAAUUGAAAAACCGGUUAACUAAACCAUAAUCACAGUUUAGUUCAGUUCAAAUUGUUAACAGUUUGGUUUGGUGUUUUUUAACUUUAAAUAGAUAUGGUUUGGUUUAGUUCAGUUCAGUUUUCCUCCAAAACCAAACCAUGAACACCCCUAAUCGGCAGUAAGAAAUAGGAAAAAAAUGAAGAUUGUUUCAGGUGCAGUUAGGUCAUUCAAAGGCAAUUUGUCACAUCACAACCAUUUUCUCAGAAACCUUUCUACUUGGCCAUUUCCAGGAAAUGGAACUGCUAAUCAUCAGGUUAAUAAGUCAGAGUCUCUGGAGGAUUUUGAGCAGCGGAUAUUCAGUCCUAGGGGAAAUUCAAAAACUGAUGCCAUUUUAGAUAAGCUCAAUCAACAACAGGCAAGGACUCGAGAUAGAUCUGCUGGAAAUACCCAGAUGUUGGAUGAUCUCGAACGAAGUUUUGACACAUUAUCUGAUGGAAUGGAUGGGAAACUCAAUAAUGCUGCCAGAUACUUUGAAUUUGAUCAUAAUGAAAUCGAUAAAGAAGAUUAUUCUUAUCGAUAUGAUACCACUUUUCAAAAGGGAUCAAAAUAUGAUACAAAGGAUCUGGAUCUUAAAAAACCUGCUGCACAAAAAUACCCCAAAAGGGAUGAGUUCAUAGUAUCCACUAAAGAAGUUCUUAGUCAAGCAGAUUUCAGGAAUGUAAGAUUUUUGGCAAACUUCAUAACAGAAGCUGGAAUUCUUAUCAAGAGAAGCAAGACUGGCAUCAGUGCAAAGGCUCAAAGGAAGGUUGCAAGGGAGAUUAAAACUGCACGAGCAUUUGGCUUAAUGCCCUUUACUACAAUGGGUACUAAGAAAUUUGAUUAUGGGAGAACUAUGGAGAAUCUUGAUGAUGACUUCUCGUACAGGAGUGAAAGGAGAAACAUGCCUAGUGAACAUGAUUUGGAAGAAGACAUCGCUUAAGGCAACCUUAUUAAUGUUUAUGUCGCGGUGUUGAAUUAGCUUGCAUAAUCUUCUUUUUUUGUUGUUUCUCUACCUAGAUUAAGAGCAGUUGAAAUUUAUUGAAUAAGUGAUUUUCCUGGUAUACCUUGAUUGCUAUGGUGCCUAUGUUGUACUUUUAUUUAUAUAUUAAAGUCUUGAGUAUUAUUUACUUGAA